UCACAUUUGAACGUGCAAUUGGUGGAGAAAAUGCUCUAUUUUUCGUGAACUUGCAGGGUGUUUCAAGUAAAUUAAGACUUAGCCAGUUGUCAGGGAUGAAUUGGGAAAACUACAAAGAAUACUACAUUUUUAUGCAUGCAAUGUGAUCAGCUGACCAAGGGAGAUAACUACAAUGGCCAGCUGGAAUGGAGGUGACAGAAACAGUGAUGAUGAUUUCUCGCAUCCUCCUCGUGAACCAAGAUACGCGAUUCCGGAGGUGCCGCGGCCCGAGAAUCUUCGUCCAGAUACAGAGGAUAAUGUUCAGAGACAGACUGAGGAUGUGUUUAGGAACUUUAUGUACCAGAGUUACCGCCAGACUCAAAUACGUCAACAAUACGAUUCCACUCCAAGGAUACAGGAGUUUGUUAGUAUGAAUCAGGACCCUGUCAGCUCUACCGCUCAGAUUGGCAGGCAGCUCGCUCGUAUAGGAGAUGAAAUCAACGACCGUUUUUCUGACGAGUUUGAUGGGAUGAUACGAAGUCUCAAGUUAGACAAAAACAGCAUCUUUGAUGUUUUUACAAAUGUUGCCAAGAAGACCAUUGCUGGAGGGUUGAGCUGGGGUCGUGUGAUAGCUUUACUGUCUUUUGGUUUCCGUAUGGUGAUGAAAGUGUUGCAGGACAGUACCACUCAGGUGCCAGACUUCCUGAGAAUGAUCAUAUCAACUGUGGCCAGAGUAUUCCUUGUAGAGAAAAUAUCACAAUGGAUAGCAGACCAAGGGGGCUGGAUCGCUUCGCUGACCUUUCAACCGACAGCCAGUAACCUUGCAUUGGCUUUCGUGGGAUUGGCCGCAGUGUCAUCGAUAUGUGCCGUCAUUUACUACAAGACAUUUGCCUGACACUUGUCAUCGCAUCAUCGUCAUUGACAACCUAUAGAGAACAUAUUCCAACAAGAUACAUCAGUGUGAUAUUGGUUGUAUAUAAGCUACGAGAUUGCUGUGAUUUUUGUACAAAGUGUACAACAUGGACAAAGUGAUAGGACAAGAGAACUAAAUAGGUACCGGCAUGGGAGUGAAAAUAAUGUCACGUUAUUUCAAGAACUUGAGAUAAUGUCAUAUUUUUUUACUGAGUAUUUGUUAUGGUUAUGUUAUGAGUUAUGUCCCUUUGCAAGUGUUACAUCAUCAUAUUGUUCAUCAAAAAGGGUCAAUGCGUUAGUUAUGUCCAGAACUUUCACAAGGUGAUCUUAGUUUUAACUUGACCUUCAAAACAGUGAGUAUGGCUUAACACAAUAACAGCACUUUUAGCAUUAUUUCUCUAAGAUCACAGUAAGGGACACCAGAAAUGGAAUCGGCUUAACAGGUUGUACCCAUGUGGGAUAUCGAAUCUGGUGUGGUAGCAUAGUGACUGACAUAUUUGCCCAUCACACUGAAAGCCCAUUUUUGGUGUCCCCUGUCGUGAUAAUGCAGAAAUUUUGAGGAGUGGAGUAAAGCCAUACUAAUUCACUCACUCACUUGAAAAUUGAUUAGCAUUCUUAUUACAGAAUCUACAUACUUCUUGUCAAAAACUUGGUCCAAUGAAUAAUAAUGUAUUCCUUGGGAUACAUCAUUAUUCUUAGCGUACUGAACAUAUAUGUCUGUGGCUUGUACAGCCCUGCACUGUAUAGACAGGAAACUGGAAUUGUUGAUUACCAUAAAUGUUUUUGAUAGAAAUUGUUGCUUCCCAUAGGCAUCAGGGCAGUGGAGUAGCCUAAUGGUUAAGGUGUUUGCUCAUCACACCGAAGAUCCAGGUUCGAUUCCCCACAUGGGCACAGUGUGUGAAGCUCAUUUCUGGUGUCCCCCGCCGUGAUAUUGCUGGAAUAUUGCUAAAAGCGGCGUAAAACUAUACUCAGUCAGUCCUAUAGGCAUCAUGGGAAGCUGAACAUUUUUAAACAAAAGUUUUUCAGGUUACAACUUGAAGAGUAUGCAGAAGAGUGUUGUAAAGGGGUAAAGAGUCUGUCAGGAUUUGUGUAGACACAUAAUCUAUUUCAUCAGAAGUGCUGAUAAUAACCAAUUAGUUUGAAGUGUUGUUGAUAAAGUUGAUUUGGUGAA